UCAUUGGAUUGUUGGCGCUAACACAACCUUUCAUUUUUUUUCCAAUCUCACCAUCUUCUUUCCCCACAACACCAAAAGCCAAAAAUGACUAGUUGAAGCUCAAAAAAUGGCGACAUUGAAUAGUAAUAUCAUAACACCCAUCCACACAACAACAAACAACUCAAUCAUUCUUCCAUUUCACAACUUACCAUCUUCACUUUUUACCACAGCAAGCAAAAAGAUUGAUCGAAUUUCAAUCAGAACCAUACCAACAAGUAAUAGCAACCCAGUAGUCUCAUCGAAAGAAGACCAGCCUCGUGUUUCACAUUCUGCUACAGAUAUUGUUAGGAGAUUCUAUAGCGGAAUAAACUCUCGUGAUCUUUCACUUGUUGUGGAUCUUAUUGCAGAGGAUUGUGUUUAUGAGGACCUUGUUUUCCCUCAACCUAUUGUCGGUCGCAAGGCUAUACUAGAAUUUUUUGAGAAGUUCAUUUACACUAUCAGUCAAGAUCUGCAGUUUGCUAUUGAUGAUAUAUCUGGUGAAGAUACAUCAGCUGUUGGAGUGACUUGGCACUUAGAAUGGAAGGGAAAGUCUUUUCCAUUUAGCAAAGGAUGCAGCUUUUAUCGAUUAGAAGUUCUGGAUGGGCGGCGCCAGAUAAUCUAUGGUAGAGACAUCGUGGAGCCUGCAGUGAAGCCAGGGGACUUUGCUUUGGUUGCCAUUAGAGGGGUCACAUGGCUGCUACAAAAAUUUCCUCAGUUAGCAGAGCGAUUUUAACUUUAUAUUGCUAUUAUUAAGUAAUUUCGAUACAUGAAUGUACAGCCCCCAUUGUAUUAUUUAGGAAAGAAAUGGGUAGUACAUAAUUUCAUAUUAAGCUAAACAUCUUAUUAGUUAACCUGAAUGACUGGAUGAAAAUGGCAGUAAGAGUCAAAAUUUCGUGAUUCAAGUAUGCCAUUGAAGAGAAAAUAUAGUUAGGUAAAUUAUUACAUGGAGUCAAAUAAGUAAACUGACAUAUAUAGACAAGGCAUCCACAAAAGAUGUUUCAGCACCACAUUAACAUGCCAUAAAUUUGCAUUGUCAACUCUAUGCAUGUGUUCAUAUGUUCUUUUAACGAAUGAAGGCAUCCGUGGAUAUAUCCAUUUAGCUGACGCAUUGAUACUUUAAUUCCCGAAGGUGGGAAAUGAAAUCUAUGUUUGUGUAGUGGGUGAAUAUUGCUAAUGUACAUGCACAAGCCACAUUGAGACCACUGGCUUGCUCUCAAGUCUCAAUGAGUCAAUGGACUAUUGUGAGAUGAUGCAGGGGCUGUACAAUACAGAUUAUUACUAUUACUAUGUCAUGCCUAUACUGCAGUACAGUCACUUUAAUGGAGUAUGGUCUUAUAUUAUCAUUCUAAUUGAUAUUUGAUAUCUAGCUUUUGUAUUA